AUGAAAAACGACUAUACAGACCUGGUGGAGCAAUUUGGCUCAACGUCGUCAGGAUACGCCUUUGUGCGACAUUUGUUGUACGACUGCGGGAUUACAGAAGAUGCGAACUCUGGGUUGAAGCUCAUGAUCAUUACGAUAUUCUCUAUGGCUUUUAUAAUCUAUGCUAGUGCUCAUUCACCAACAGCUAUAAUUAUUCCGGCACAUCAAUUUGUUGCACCUCGAUACAUUGCAGUAGGUGGUGAUUUCUACAAUCCUCUUGUACAUCCAACAUCUGCAGAUGUCUGGCCACAUGUGCAUACUCCAACAGAACUCAUCUACGAACAUCGUGAGAUUGCGGAUUUUCUUGGAAUUCCAGCCUUCUACUGGGUAGCAUUAUUUUUUCUGGUGGUUGCUGUACUCGUCGGUGGACUUCUGUUUCUCAUUUUAUUCAUUGUAAGACGACAACAGGAAAGGAGAUUCGAACGAAAUCAACGAGCUUGUUCAAAUUUGUAA